UACAGAGAAGUAGAUUUGAGGCAAGACCCUGCCCUGCGUCAGCAACAGUGGGAGAUGGCAGCAGAGAGAAGAGGAAGUUGUUAAUUUUCCACCGCCACAGAAUCUCAGUCAUCUUCAGUUCAGUGACUUUCAGUGAUGAAGCAGGGCGGACAUGCCUGAAGCUUGAAAUAAGUUUCAUCAUCUCUCAUCUCGUCUUCCAAUGAAAUGCUGAGGACAUCGAGUCGUGGAGGUCUGAAUAUGUCCAGUGAUGAGGAAAGUUCUGGAUCUGAUGCGGGGUCAGAGUUCAGUCCUAAACUUCAGACAGACCGCUUUGGCUUCAUAGUGUUGAAUGGAUCUGAAACCAGGUAUUUGUUUUCAUACUCAGAGUCGUGACUGACAACACCCUAACCUGUAACCAUGGAGCCAUCGCACUGCCGCCGUGUGGUUUUCCUGUUUCCUGUCCUACUUCUGGAGGGCUCAGCACUGAAAUCAAGUCCUGCGAGCAGCAACACUGCACGACCGUUUUAUUACAAUACUUAGUUUGAUGCUAUGAGCAGAAUGUCUUGGGACAUUGGAACAUAUUUGAGAGCUUAUACUGUACAGCUGGAAAUUGUCCAAUGUCACCGAAAUGGGCCAGGAAGUUAUUUAUUUAGAAAGGUUUCACCUUUUUUCAUCUAUCUAUGCCACUGACAUAUAGUGACAGUCCGCUCAAUGCUCUUCUACCUGAUGACAAAUAUCAGUUUUUCUUUCUUGUAUGCCUUGGCUCAGUUUUUCUUUACUAUUUUGUGAUUAUAUGUUGACGUGAAUAACAUGAUGGCAUUUUAUGAUGUUUCAGAGGGAAGUGAAAUGUCAUUUGCUUGUUUGUCAUCAGGAUUGUGGGUCCACAUCCUCAAUUAGUCAGGCAGAGGGAAGCCAAGUGGAUCAACAUCAUAGACCAAUGGCGGAGCAUCUUGAUGAAGAAGACUAACAUGAUCAAAGUGCAGUGUCAAAAAGGCAUCCCAACUUCUCUUCGAGCAAAGUGUUGGCCUUUGCUGUGCGGCGCCACCAAUAGGAUGAACCAAAACAAACAACUUUUCCAGUCUCUGGACUCACAAGUCGCUCUGCAGAAGUGGGUGGACAUAAUCAACAGGGAUCUGGACCGACAGUUUCCGUUCCACGAGAUGUUCCGCUCCAAGGACGGACAUGGGCAGCAAGGUUUGUUCCAGGUGUUAAAAGCAUACACUCAGUACCAACCAGGGGAAGGUUACUGCCAAGCACAAGGGCCAGUGGCCGCUGUUCUCCUGAUGAACAUGCCUGCAGAGGAGGCCUUUUGGUGUCUGGUCCAGAUUAGUGAGCACUACCUACCUGGGUACUACAGUCCUCUAUUGGAGGGAGUCUUGUUCGAUGCAACCGUGCUGACCUGGGUUUUGAAAAAGACGUGUCCAUCGGCAUACAAACAUCUGCGGCGCCACGAGGUGGAGCCCCUCAUGUUUGCCACAGAUUGGUUGAUGUGUUUGUUCACCCGCCAUCUACCCUUCAACGCUCUCCUCCGAGUGUGGGACCUGUUUUUCUGCAAUGGCGUGAGAGUGCUGCUGCAGGUGGCGGUGGUGCUGGUGCGUCGUGUGCUGGGACGAGCCGAACAGAGAAAGCAGUGCCAGGACCAGAUGGAGACUCUGCAGAGGCUGAGGGACGUCAGGUGUGAGGUCGAAAAAGAGGACGACGCAUUCAUAGCAGAGGUGUGUGCCGUGCCACUUUCCUCCAGUGAUUUGGAGAAACACACAGAGAAGGAGCUGGCAAAGUGGAAAAAAGACAGACCCUCAUCGACCUUUGACCCUCGAGGUCGCUGCCAUGGAUACCGUAUGGCGUGGGAGAGGGCUCAACUGAACCAGGCGGAGGUGGACAGGAGGGCAAGAGAGACGGGAAACCUCUCUGUGCCUCUUGCCCGCUCGGCCUCCCACCUGUCGCUGUCCCCUUCGCUUCUUCACAAGAAGUGGAGCAGCGGGAGGAACGUCAGAGUACAGAGGGUCGGGGGAGGAGUUCCAAGGUAUCACUCAAUGGGAGCAAAUGAUUGGAGAAGUGACAAUGAGUUGAAUUUGGAGAUGCGACUAGAGCAUAAAGCAAAACAAAGACAAAACUCUGAUGAAAAGAAGAAAGUGGCAAGUGCGAUGACAGAAAUGACCCAAUGUACAAACGGACAAAAUCGUCCUUUGCCCGUUGAACACACCUCUUGCAAGGACCCAAAGAAAGACCACAUACACAUGCGCGGAGACUGUGUAGAUGAAAGAAGAAACCAGAUUGCGACAAAACCUAGAGCGGAGGUAACUUUAAACAUGAAUGCCACAAAAUCAGAGUCAGGCAUGAACAAUGUGGCUAAGACAGACACAGUUGAUGAAAUAGCAACGUCUGAGCUCCAAACAUGUCCAGAAUUGGAUCAGGACAAGUUUAUUCAAGCUGUCAACAGGCAUGUUGUCAUGGUGAUUGAAAGGAGCUUGUCACAGGAAGAAAACCACCAAAGGACUGAAUCGUUAACAGAAAUCAACCUGGAAGCGCAGACAGAGAGACAAACUGACGUCCUGGCACAAACCCAAAGGGAUGAGGUCGGGAAACACGCAACCAUGCAGCAGCAAUUAGAUGACGUUCAAAAUCGUGCCGAGUUUUGCCCCACAAAUACUACCUGUGUGACCUCGCUUCAAUGCAGCCAUCAGAUAGAAAGAACAAGUGAAGCAUGUUCUCCUUGUUGUCAGACAGAAAGCAACAACACAAAUGAACCAAAAGAAUCACAUAAGGAAAUAAUUCCCUGCCUGAAACAAGACUCUGUGAACGGGGCACCCCACUUUUCUGGUGACAUUUGCAUCCGUAAGUCCUCCGGCUCCCGUGGCUCAAAAUUAACGCGACACCUGUCAAAAGAUCUCUUCACUGACCCCGCUCAAAGCGUAGAUGCCAAACCUCCGGAACACAGUGCUCAUGAGAGCAAACCUCCUGAGCCGGCUAAACAUUUCAGUCUUUUCCGCAGGCAGCCCAAAAAGUACGCAGAGGAGGGCAGAGCUAAAAUCCAAAUCCCCACCAUCUUGAUCCAGGAUUUUAGUGAUGGUAUAGAAAUACUGGUUGAGGAGGAGGACGAGGAGCAAGUGAACUCCAGGGAGAGGAGGAGGUGGUGGCAGCGUAAGCAAGCACAGAAGGAGAAAAAGGAUGAAAAGUUGAGGAAAAACAAAGAGAAGAAAGAGGUAAAGAAAGCAAACCAAAAAGAGAGGAGAACACCACAAACGAGAGGAAAAGGUUUUCAGGUGCAAAGAGAGACAAUGAAAUGUUCCCCUUCUCAUGCUGAAGCGUACUUUUAGUAUAUCCUCUGCUUCUUGUUCAAAUUGGGUUAAUGAGUUCAAAUGCUUAGCUACUGUAAAUGAACAGAAUCCUGUUUUCUUUCUUUUGUUUGGUUUAUUUUGAGGAAAAUAUUUUCAUCUUUGCAAAAGAAACUCAAAAGUCCUUCAUGUCUAGUUUCAACAUGAUUGCCAGUUCACAAUGUAACCCUAUAAUAAUAACAAUAAAAAAAUAAGUUUAUAUUUUA